AAGGCACCUGAAUGCAACACAGCAGCAGAAGGGCUCUCCCUGCGCAUGCGCGUAGCUUCAGUGUUGUUGGUUCGUGGUGUUACUGUGAUGUCUGUUAGUGUGUGUGUGCUCUCUAAAGGUGUGUUGUCAUCUCGCCAGCUCGCCGUGUGUCUCCUGUCUGUGUGUGUUGGUGGACUCUGAGCAGAGCCGUGUCCGUCCAUGUGUCACAUUCAGCAGCAGUAACUACCAGACAGCUGGAGGACGGACUAUGUCGACUAAUAAAACAAAGAAAGUCAAAAUGGCUACGAAAUCCUGUCCUGAAUGCGACCAACAGAUUCCAGUUGCGUGCAAGUCCUGCCCAUGUGGUUUUGUGUUUAUUAGCAGAAAACUCCUAAAUGCCAAAUUAAAUGAGCGAUCCUCUCCAGCCAUAGCAGACAAGCUGGACUUUAAGCGGAGGAGGACGGAGCGAAUUCGCAGAGAGAGGAUAGACUCUUCUUUAACCAACGACAUGGAGAACAGGAGAAGAUCCCGGGCCAACAGCCAAUCAGAUCCCAUCCGGAGGGGACGGGGCAGACCAAAAACAGUGGGGCUGAAGAAACACGAAGAGGAGAAAGAGAAACAAGAGAAGGAAGUGGAUAUUUACGCCAGUCUUUCGGACGAGAAGGCCUUUGUGUUUUCUGUGGCCUUGGCUGAGAUCAAUCGCAAGAUCCUGGGUCAAAGACUCAUCUUAUAGAUUUGGGCCCUGAAUAACUGAAUAACUUGAGAACCUAUCAUAGUAAAACUAUCAAACGGCAAGAGGAUGACCAAAGAGGGCAGAAGUGGCUGGAGCUGAACUCUGAUCUGGAUGUGUUUCUCUCAGAUGAUGGGAUGAGAUUCAGAAAGCUGCUGAAGCUUCAGACUGAAGUAGGGAGGCGUUGUCAUUGGACGACAUCACAGCUCUCUGGCACCUUGAACUCUACACCUACCACAGACAUGCACACGUAUGUUUCUAUAGUAUGGGUUGUGUGUUGUAUUGACAUAAGUUGUGGUUGAUAGAACCAGGAAAAGAGGCAUUGAUGAUAUUUCCCAACUGUUUUAAAGAAAUACUACAUUCAUCUGAGAUAACUGUUAUCAAGUGAACAUCCCCCGUCGACAGUAGCUCUACAUUCAUGGAAGGGACCAAGACGUUUUGGUAGCUGUGUGCUUUCCUAUACACUGAAGAUGCAGUAAAGAUGUUUUUCAUUGUCAUUGUUAAAGGAUCUAUAAGUAGUGUUGAGCACGUCGUAGAGCAUCCUUCAAGCUUUCACUUCACUUACUGUAUGUGUCCCUGAACAAGACGAGCUCUAAGACUGGGAAAAGACCUUACAAGUAUUAAAACCAUAUUGUCAUGAAUUACUGUUACGUACAGUACACACCGUGUAUUCAGUAGUUACUUGUAUAGACCAAUUUCACAACUCAAGAAGACGGUGUCCAGCUUUCCUAGAAUGAUACAGGAAGUCAGAGAAACAUGUCUCAAAAUUGUGAGGUAGUCAAUACUUUUACUUUGAAAAUAAAAUAAAUGUAACGGUUAUUCAAUCAGCAA